CRGAGAUGCMUUUAAUAACAGGACCAGCUUUAGGAGAAACAGGACACAGCGUGACCUUCAACUGCUCAGYCUCCUCUCAGCCUCUCWGCCASUUCAGMUGGUUCUUCAAUGGGUCCCAGGUGGCGACUGGCUCAGUGUAUGAGACUGGCCCACUGACCUUAGCCAGUCAUGGGGAGUACACCUGUGUGGCCUUCAACAACAUCACUUGCCUUAACAGCACUGUCUCCAAGAUGCUCACUGKUGUUGCGCCAAUAACCUCAGUGUCCAUAAGCACCAGUGGAACCCAGGCGAUAGAGGGUGACCCCUUUACAAUGACUUGCAAUAUCGUUGGUGAUCCUAGCUCCAUUCACUGGUGGAAGAACCUCACGUUAGUGCAUCUGGACAACAGAACCCACGUCUCUUUCGACAACAGAACACUGACCUUCAACCCUGUCCAGUAUUCUUCCUAUGGAGAAUAUCAGUGUAUGGCCAGAAAUAGUGUGAGCAACAGAACUAGCAACCGCUACACACUCCUAGUGAAUUAUGGACCCAAGAAACCUGUGAUAGCUGGUGCACCCAUUGCCGAAACAGAACAAAGAGUGACCUUCAACUGCUCAGCCUCCUCUCAGCCUCCCAGCCAGUUCAGCUGGUUCUUCAAUGGCUCCCAGGUGGMGACUGGCUCAGUGUAUGAGACUGGCCCACUGACCUUAGCCAGUCAUGGGGAGUACACCUGUGUGGCCUUCAACAACGCCACUGGCAGAAACAGCACUGUCUCCAAGAUGCUCACCGUCAUUGCCGCCAAUCAACCUCAGUUCCUAAGCAUCCAGGGUGUAACCAAAACCAGUGAACGAGAUAAGACCAGCGGUGUGACUCCCUUUUACAGAAGACUAUCCAAAGGAGACCGUUGCCGUUGA